CUCUUUGUCUCUCUCAAACAGAUGAAGCCUACGUCUCCCCUUGCCCACAAGGAAACUUCUGCGGCGGGACCGUGGGCUUCCAACAACGUUGGAGAAGGUGAACUCGAGGCUGCCGCCAUUGGUGGUACCGGCGGCAAACGGCCUCGCUGCCCAACGUUCGGAGAGCUCUUCCAGCACGAUGAGGAAGCUCGCUCUCCUACACCGACGUUGCCAGCAGAAGCCGUUCCCUUCGUUUUAUCCUUCAAAGACUUGACUUACAGUGUUCAGGUGCGUCCAGGGAUGCUCGCCGGAGGAUGCAAGAGAACGCUGCCACCCACGACUCCUGAUUCGGUCGAGAAGGCGUCGACCAAGUUCGCCGACACCAAGACGUUGUUGAACGGGGUCACCGGCGAGGCGCGAGACGGGGAGAUCCUUGCGGUGCUGGGCGCCAGCGGGUCGGGAAAGUCGACCCUCAUCGACGCGCUCGCCAACCGAUUCGCUAAGGGAAGCCUCCGGGGCACCGUGAAACUCAACGGUGAGGCCGUCGGCCAGCGUCUGAUGCGCUCAAUCUCCGCCUACGUGAGGCAGGACGACCUCCUUUUCCCGAUGCUCACCGUUGAGGAAACGCUCUCCUUCGCCGCAGAGUUCAGGCUGCCUCGGACACUGCCCAAGGAGAAGAAACAGAGUCGUGUGCAGGCCCUCAUUGAGCAGCUCGACCUGCGCCGGGCUGCCAAGACCAUCAUCGGCGACGAGGGGCACAGGGGCGUUUCCGGUGGGGAGAGGCGGCGUGUCUCGAUCGGAAUCGACAUCAUUCAUGACCCAAUCCUUCUGUUUCUGGACGAACCUACCUCCGGUCUCGACUCCACCAGUGCCUUCAUGGUUGUCAAGGUCCUAAAGAGGAUUGCCCGCACCGGAAGCAUCGUCGUCAUGUCCGUGCACCAGCCGAGCUGUCGAAUCGUCGGCCUCCUCGACCGAAUGGUCUUCCUAUCACGUGGCAAUGCCGUCUACAGCGGCCCUCCGGUUCAACUUCCGGCAUUUUUGGCGGCGUUUGGCCAUCCGGUGCCGGAGAGCGAGAACCAAAUUGAGUUUGCUCUCGACCUCGUUCGCGAGCAGGAGGGGAGCCAAGGUGGGAUCAAAGUUCUAGUUGACUUCCACAACUCCUGGACAGCGACCCGGUCUGCUGCGUCUCCUCAGCCAAUCAAGAAUGGCAGCUUGACGCUCAAGGACGCGAUCAGCUCCAGCAUCUCUCGAGGGAAGCUCGUCUCAGGGAAUGCCACCCAGGGCAACCAGUACUACUCCUCGGAUUCCAUGCCCGAAUUUGCGAACCCAUUGUGGAAGGAGACCGCCAUCCUCACCAAGCGCUCGGUGCUGAACGCUCGGCGGCUACCGGAGCUCUUCUUCAUGCGCCUCGCCGUAGUGACGGUCACCGGAUUUAUCCUCGCCACCGUCUUUUGGCACCUCGACUCCUCGCCCAAGGGAGUCCAGGAGCGGCUCGGGUUCUUUGCCUUCGCCAUGUGCACAACCUUCUACACUUGCGCCGACGGGCUGCCGGUGUUCCUUCAAGAGCGCUACAUCUUCAUGAGGGAGACUGCCUAUAACGCCUACCGCCGCUCCUCCUACGUCCUCUCGAACGCCAUCGCCGCCGCCCCUCCGCUUGUCCUCCUCUCCCUCGCCUUUUCCCUCAUUACCUUCUUCGCCGUCGGCCUUGCAGGUGGUGGGGAGAGCUUCCUCUACUUCUUCUCUAUAACGUUCGCCUCCUUCUGGGCAGGAAGCGGAUUCGUCACCUUCAUCUCCGGCCUAUUCUCCCAGGUCAUGCUGGGCUACAUCGUGGUGGUCGCCCUGCUCGCCUAUUUCCUCCUCUUCAGCGGAUUCUUCAUCAACAGGGGCAGGAUGCCUUCCUACUGGCUUUGGUUCCAUUACCUCUCGCUAGUGAAGUAUCCCUACGAGGGAGUGCUGCAGAAUGAAUUUGAUUACACGAUGAGAUGCUUCUCUACGGGUGCGCAGGUGUUCGACAACACACCGCUGAAGGGGCUGAGCACCGCCACGAAGGCGGAGCUGCUCAAGGCACUCAGUGUGUCGCUGGGGAUGAACGUCACCAUGACCACAUGCGUGACGUCGGGCAUGGACAUACUCAAGGACCAAAGCAUUACGCAGCUGAACAAGUGGAAUUGCUUCUGGGUGACGCUGGCGUGGGGAUUCUUCUUUAGAUUUCUUUUUUACGUUGCCUUGUUGACUGGUAGCAAGAACAAGAGAAGGUGAAGAAAAAUCGAUUGCAGAUCAGCUAAUUGGCCGUCUCUGCCACCGUCGUUCGGUGGUAGCUCCAAUUUUUUUUCGAAUUUUUCAGUAAUGAAUGGUUUUCUUUAGUGAAAUUUAAGCUGCUGUCAAUGGGCAGGUGCAGAAAAUGGGGAGGAUAUGAUAUAUAAGCAGGCGUUCUGGAUUGUUGUGACUGUGAUAUAAUA